UAAAAUUAAUUUGUGGUAUCCCAAGUAGCAAAAUGACGUCAUCUUUAUGAUCAACUCUUUUCUCAAGGUCGUGUAAUUUUUCCGAUACGUAAUAUAUCAUGUUACAUUCGUGAAGAAUCGCAAUGUAAACAUCGAGGGAGACUUUGAUUAAUUCUUUUUCUGAUUUGGAUGGAGGUUUAUUAUCACGAGUUCUGGACAUUGAGAGUUGUGGAGAGAUUUUUAACCUCUAGAACUACAAAACAAUUCACUUAAUUAUAAUUUUCUGUGUUUUGACCUUAUAUACUUCGAAGAAGAAAAGAAGAAGAGGAGAAAAGAAGAAUCAGUGUUAAAUGCAAAAAAAUUAGUAUCAAAAAAGUCGAAAAACAAUUAAUAAAUACAUUCAAACAUCUAAUAUGUAAAUAACAGAUACAGAUGUUUUAUAGGUUUGUUAUGCUUGUAAAUAUUUUACACACAGAAGAAUAUUUUACACAUAUUUAACUUCUAUGAUACACAAUGUUUCAUCCACUGUUGUCAUGGAAUCUUACAUUAUUAUCUAGAAGAGUAUUGGGGAGACAUGAAUACAGGCAAAUCCAUCAUACCUGUAAAAUCUUGGUGGUUGGAGGCGGUACUGCUGGCUGCUCGAUGGCUGCGAAGCUGUCAAGAAAAUUUGAUGAACCUGGGCAAGUUAUUGUGUUGGAACCCAGCGAUGUUCAUUAUUAUCAACCCUUGUUUACCUUAGUCGGUGGUGGCAUCAGUUCUUUCAAAUCAUCUAGGAAGUAUAUGAAAGAUGUUCUGCCAAAGAAGGCAAAAUGGCUGAAAGCUUCUGCUGUUGAGUUCCAACCGGAUGUUAAUAAAGUAUUGACCCAUCAUGGAGAUACUAUAGAAUAUGACAUUAUGAUUGUUGCGCUGGGCUUGCAAUUAUACUGGGAUAAGAUUCCAGGUUUGGUAGAGAGUUUGCAUGAUCCCGAUGCACAGAUCUGCUCUAUUUAUGGGCCUGAUACUGUACCCCAAGUUUAUGAGAAAAUUAAAAAAAUUCAAUCAGGAACUGCAAUAUUCACGUUUCCGAAUACACCAGUCAAAUGCCCAGGUGCGCCACAAAAAAUUGCUUACAUUGCCGAGGAUUACUUUCGCAAGCGCAAUUUACGUAACAACAUUGACGUUGUAUAUAAUACGGCAUUGCCUGUUAUAUUUGGAGUGAAAAAAUAUGCCGAUUCCCUCUGGAAUGUUUGUAAGGAUAGAGAUAUCACUGUUAAUCUUCAAACGAACCUGGUGAAGAUAGACUCGAAUAAGAGACAGGCCACAUUUGAGAAAUUAAACUCGCCGGGAGAGACGUCGAUACAAGACUAUUCUUUUCUCCAUGUAACGCCUCCGAUGGGACCUCCUAUAGUUUUGAAACAACACCCAAUAUUGACUAAUGAAGCUGGAUUUCUUUGCGUUGACCCUAAAACGCUGCGACACAUCAAAUAUUCAAAUAUAUUUGGCUUAGGUGAUUGCACAAAUACUCCGAAUUCUAAAACAAUGGCUGCAAUAGCUGCACAGGGAAAGGUAUUGUAUCAGAAUAUCAUGGAUGAUUUAACUGGUAAACCAAUGACAAUGGUUUACAAUGGUUACGCAUCAUGUCCUUUGGUCACUGGUUAUGGUAAAUGCAUUCUGGCAGAGUUUGACUACAAUUUGCAGCCUAUGGAGACUUUUCCGGUGAAUCAAGGCAAAGAAUUUUAUUUUACAUUCUUGCUGAAGAAGUAUGCCUUCCCGUUUAUAUACUGGUACUUGAUGUUAAGGGGUUAUUGGAAUGGGCCAGAAUUAUUUCGCAAGUGUACGAAGCUCUUGAAGAGUGAUUAGUGCUCGAAGUAAAAAGAAAAUAUUUUCAGGAGAAAAUAAGCCCGGUGCCUUUCUUUUUAAUUAAAAGUUAAAGUAGUAUUGCUUUUCAUGAUUCUAACAUGUAUUAUCAUACAAGGUGAUUUAUUUUAAUCGCCCCAAGCAAAUAUUUCAAAAACUAUGAGAGAUUUUUUAUUGCAUAUUUUUGUAGUUUAUUUCGAGUUUUGCAAAACACUAUAUACUAAAGUACCUCUUAAGUACUUUUUGAGUUAUUAAGGUUUGACAUUAACAAUUUUUUGA